AUGAAUUGGGUUUCGGGGAAGUACCUACGGUACAUUCUAUUUGCAGUGUUGCGAUGUCGUAAAAACCUCAAGUCUGGAUCAGGACAACCCAACCCUAACCCCUCACCUCAAUCGCCAGGCCCUGGAAAAAAGCCAAACCAAGCUGGGACCCCAGCCCUAAAAACCCCUUCGCUGGCUCCCGCGCCUGCCUAUGAACGGGUAAAUGCAACAUUCGUGACAUUGGCCAGAAAUGGGGAUGUUUGGGAUAUCGCCAAGUCGAUCCGCCAAGUGGAAGAUCGAUUCAACCGAAAUUAUCACUAUGACUGGGUCUUUCUUAACGACGUCCCGUUCAAUGACGAAUUCAAGAAGGUAACAUCUGCUCUCGUAUCCGGGAAAACACAUUAUGGACUCAUUCCGACGGAGCACUGGUCGUUCCCUGACUUUAUCGACCAGCAAAAAGCUGCCAAAGUUCGGGAGGAAAUGAAGGAGAAACAAGUCAUCUAUGGAGAUUCAAUCAGCUACAGACAUAUGUGUCGUUAUGAAUCUGGAUUCUUCUUCCGCCACGAACUGCUCAAUCAGUUCGACUACUAUUGGCGCGUGGAGCCCAGUGUCGAAUAUUUCUGCGACAUCAGCUACGACCCGUUCAAGUUCAUGAAAGACAAUAAGAAGAAAUAUAGCUUCGUUAUCAGUCUGUACGAAUACAAAGAAACUGUCCUCACGCUCUGGGAUAGCGUUAAGAAGUUCAUGAAGAAGUACCCUCAACACAUUGCGGAGAACAACAACCUGGAAUUCGUUAGCCAGGAUGGAGGGGAAACAUACAACCUUUGCCAUUUCUGGUCGAAUUUCGAAAUUGGAGAUCUAAACUGGCUGCGAUCCCAAGCAUACCUCGAUUAUUUCGACAUUCUGGACAAGGAUGGCGGGUUCUUCUACGAAAGAUGGGGUGAUGCGCCUGUACAUUCCAUCGCCGCUGCUCUUAUGCUCAAAAAGGAGGAAGUCCACUUUUUCAAUGAGAUCGCUUACUACCAUGUCCCAUUCUACCACUGCCCGACUGGCGAACAGACGAGAUUAGAUCUGAAGUGCCACUGCAACCCCAAGAACAACUUUGACUGGAAGGGAUAUUCUUGCACUUCCCGCUACUUCGAUGUUAACAAAAAGCCGAAACCUGAAGGUUAUGAAAAGGAGCAAGAUUGA